AUGAUGGGAAUGGGAACGGACAUGCACGAGGGUGGUAUCCCCUGGCUCGAUCAGCCGGUGAUGCUUCACUCGUCCAGAGCAGACAAGUGCAAGUUGACUGCAGCGCAAUGCGCUUAUCGGAAUAAUCAUUGGCGAUAUUGGUACCAGGCGGAUAAUGUCUAUGCGAUGAAUACCGUCUAUUUCCUGUGUGCCGUGAUCGGUGUCUUCACUUUGUCGAAUCUGCUGGUUCGGCUCAGUCCUGACUGCGUUAAGCGGACGAAGAUAUGGCGGGCUACGACAUCGAUCUCGCGGUAUUUGGCCUACCGGGGCUACCGGUUCCCCGUAGUGCGAUACUGGUCGCCGUCGCUGGGUGUGAUACUUCUCGGUCUUGCUGGCGCGGUGUUUUUCUUCGCUAUGACAUUGGGACCAAAACCUUACUACUGGCCGACCGAUGCGAACUAUGGAAGUAGUCCUCCGAUUGCGACUCGAGCUGGAUGGAUGGCCCUGGGACUGCUUCCCUUUGUACUAGCCCUCAGUGCCAAGGCAAACAUGAUCUCUGCCUUGACUGGAAUUCCUCAUGAGAAGCUUCAGGUUUUCCACCGUUGGACUAGCUACGCCAUGUUCGUUCUGGCCUUGAUUCACACCUUCCCCUUUAUCAUAUAUCACAUCUGGAAGGGUGACAUGGUCAGGCAGUGGAAGACCAGUAUUGUUUAUUGGACGGGUAUCAUCGCUUUACUUGCCCAGACCUAUCUGACUGUCAUGUCCCUUCCUGGUAUUCGAAAUCGUUUCUACGAGUUCUUCAAAGCAACACAUAUCGGAGCUGCGGUGAUCUUUAUGGUCUUCUUCUUCCUCCAUUGUGAUUUCCGGCUAUCUUCAUGGGACUACUUCAUCGCUGCAGGUUCCAUCUACCUCUUCUCUCUUGGUGCGGCUCAUGUCCGAACCUACCUCAUGCACGGUCUUCACACCGCAACACUUGAGCUUCUCCCCUGUGGUCUUGUCCGCGUCGUCAUCCCAACGGUCAUAACCUGGACACCCGGCCAGCACGUUUUCGUCCGCUUCCUGACCUCAGAUCUACAUCUCCUAACCGCACACCCAUUCACCAUCUCUUCUGCGUGCCGCAAUCCCGAUGAAACCGGCAAAGCCUCUGAAAUCGUCUUCUAUAUCAAACCUCGCCUCGGCGUGACCGCCCGUCUAGCCGCAAUGGCCGCCAAACAACCCGGCAUCUCCAAGAAAAUCAUGAUGGAAGGCCCCUUCGGCGGCGUAAGUCCCCAUCACAUGUCUCAAUUCGACACCCUCCUUGUGAUCGCCGGCGGUUCAGGAGGCGGGUUUUCACUUGCGAUGGUGGACGAAGCCCUCCGCCUAACUGAAAAGCCCAAGCCCGGACACGGGCGUCGCAACCUCCAAGUCGUCUUCUCAACCCGCGACGUGGCAAUGGCAGACUGGUACACAGAGGAAAUAGAAGCCCGGCUCUCGGAAUCCACAAUGUUAUCUCUGAAUGAGAACAGCGACGGCUUUGAAACAGCCGUUUCGGUGCAUGUCACUUCCAAUCCAGCUCGUGAUCUCAUUAAUGACUCCGCCGUGUCUUUCACACUACCUGAUGCGAAGAACCCACCCGAGAAGAAAAUGCCAUCCCCGGAGAUCACGACUACGGGCUCCUUCAGCUUAAAUAUCCACCAGAGUGUUCGUCCCGAUAUCCCAGGCCUGAUCGCGCGAACCGUGGCGAGCGCACACGCACGCGGAACUCAGGUUGGAAAGAAGCAGCGCAUUGGUGUAUUGGUCUGCGGGCCUGCUUCCUUGUUGCACGAUACCCGCAACGCGGCGGCUGUGGCGCAGACUAGGACACUUCAGGGAGAGAUCGAGGAGCUUUACUUGCACUCUGAGCCAUUUGCGUGGUGA